AUGGGCAAGCGCCGCCUUCCAUGCAUCACAAAUGAUCAUACCAGACUAUGGCUGCUUCUGCUAAUCGCGUAUCUUGGAAGGGUCACAGCGACAACGUUCAUCGAUGGCUCAAGCUCUAUUGUUAAACUCAACUAUGGCUCCUUUCAAGGAAGUGUAGCGGGGGAGCUCGAGAUGUUCCUUGGCAUGCCAUUCGCAGCACCCCCGAUUGGAAAUCUUCGAUUUGCACCGCCCGAACCUCCAAUUCCGUUCAACGGUGUUCGCCAGGCAACGACUUUCGGUUCUGCAUGCUUCCAACAAGUGCAGCCAUCGAUAAACAUCUCUGCAUCUCCUGCCGUUACUCCUCCCAUCACCCCAGGUCUUUUUAUCAACGUGGUGAAACCUGCAAAGAUUCCUUCCGGCAAGGCACUUCCUGUUUUAUUCUGGAUAUAUGGAGGUGGAUUCCAAGUUGGGGAUACCUCGCUUAAUCCAGGAAAUACCGUAGUCUCGCGUUCAAUUGCCUUAGACGAACCGGUUGUAUAUGUAUCGGCGAAUUACCGCCUCAGUGCCCUUGGUUGGCUGGCUGGAAAAGAAGUCAAGGAGGCUGGAAUCGGAAAUGCAGGGCUAAGAGAUCAACGCUUUGCCAUGAAAUGGGUCCAGGAUCACAUAAGACAUUUCGGAGGCGACCCUAAUAGGGUAACGAUUUGGGGAGAAAGUGCGGGUGCUAUCUCAGUAGGCGCCCACAUCGUUGUGAAUGACGGCAAUCCUACCGGGCUAUUCCACGGAGCAGUAAUGGAAUCUGGCUCCCCACUUCCUACCGUGGACAUUACCACCAAACAACCUGUCUUUGAACAGCUUUUGGCUAACACCGGGUGUACAGGGAGUGCUGACCCUAUUGCAUGCCUGAGAGCGGUCCCGUUCGACGUAUUAGGGGAUGCUAUGAAUUUAUCUGACAGUCUAUUUUCAUUUGCAAGCCGGAUAAUCCCGUGGCAACCAACAGUGGAUGGAGAUUUUAUCAAAAGAGAUCCUCAAGUUUCUAUUCAAAAAGGGUUAUACGCAAAGGUCCCCUUCAUUACGGGGGAUUGCGACGACGAAGGAACACUGUUCUCACUGUCCAACACGAAUAUCACCACCAACGAAGAAUUCUUGUCUUAUAUGGAAAACAUCUAUUUUCGAGGUCUGGUAUCCCAGGAACAGUUGGCCGAGGUCGCCGCAGCAUAUCCUGAAAAUGUCACCUUGGGUUCUCCAUUCGAUACUGGGACCGCCAACGCAAUCACGCCAGAGUUCAAGCGCAUGGCGUCAGUUUCAGGUGACCUGUUCUUCCAAGCUCCCCGUCGGUUCUUCUUGCAGACCGCUUCAAAGACCCAGUCUACUUAUGCCUUUUUAUUCAAACGUGGAAAAUCCAUCCCCAUUCUAGGAGCGUCCCACGGAACUGAUAUUCCCGAGUUUUAUGGAACUGGAACAGACCCCGACUUCAUUGGCACAGAUGGACUAGCGCAAGGAAAGCUCACCUGCUUCAUAGUCAAUUUCGCAAACACGGGGAACCCAUCGCUUCCCAAAAACCCUAUUAGCCUCCUCUCCGCCGUUGACUGGAAACCCUGGAGCUCCUCCCCGACCAGUCCCCCAAUUUUGACGUUCCUGGACCCGGCGCCCGCAAUCUCGAUUACAUCCGAUACGUCUAGAGAGGAAGCGAUGAAUUUAUUGUCACGAAUCUCUCUCGAGCUCGACUCAAGCGCUGGCCAAUAA